AUGGUCAAGACUUCCGUCCUCAACGAUGCGCUUAACGCCAUCAACAACGCCGAGAAGACCGGCAAGCGCCAGGUCCUCAUCCGACCUAGCUCUAAGGUCAUCGUCAAGUUCUUGACCGUCAUGCAGCGCCACGGCUACAUCGGCGAGUUCGAGGAGGUCGAUGACCACCGAUCCGGAAAGAUCGUCGUGCAGUUGAACGGCCGCAUCAACAAGUGCGGUGUCAUCUCUCCCCGAUACAACGUCCACCUUUCCCACCUCGAGAAGUGGGUUGUCAAGCUGCUACCCGCUCGUCAGUUCGGCUACAUCAUCCUUACCACCUCUGCCGGUAUCAUGGACCACGAGGAGGCCCGAAGGAAGCACGUUGCUGGCAAGAUUAUUGGUUUCUUCUACUAG